GACGGGGCUGUGCCCAGGGAGGUUGUGAUGGGUUGACAGGUGCGUGACAAUCGGAGCUCUCUGCAAGCAUGUACGCCAAAGGCAAGAGUAGCAACGUGCCGUCCGACAGCCAAGCCAGAGAAAAGUUAGCUCUGUAUGUGUAUGAGUACCUGCUGCAUGUAGGAGCACAGAAGUCAGCACAGACCUUUCUCUCAGAGAUCCGAUGGGAGAAGAACAUCACAUUAGGAGAACCUCCGGGGUUCCUCCACUCAUGGUGGUGUGUUUUCUGGGACCUGUACUGUGCGGCUCCAGAGAGAAGAGACACAUGUGAACACUCCAGUGAGGCCAAGGCCUUCCAUGAUUACAGUGCUGCAGCAGCUCCCAGCCCCGUCCUUGGGAACCUUCCCCCAGGAGAGGGCAUGCCAGUGGGGCCGGUCCCUCCAGGAUUCUUUCAGCCGUUUAUGUCACCUCGAUACCCCGGAGGACCCAGACCACCUCUCAGAUUACCCAAUCAGGGACUUGGAGUCCCAGGUGGCCAGCAUAUGUUACCCAGUGGAAUGGACCCCACAAGACAGCAAGGACAUCCAAAUAUGGGAGGACCAAUGCAGCGGAUGACUCCACCCAGAGGCAUGGUACCGCUAGGGCCCCAGGGCUAUGGAGGAGGGAUGAGACCACCACUAAAUGCCCUGGUUGGUCCUGGGAUGCCUGGCAUGAACAUGGGACCUGGUGGGGGCAGACCCUGGCCAAAUCCUCAAAACUCCAAUUCAACCCCUUACUCUUCUGCAUCUCCAGGAAGUUAUGUGGGACCUCCAGGAGGAGGGGGCCCACCUGGGACCCCAAUAAUGCCAAGUCCAGCAGAUUCAACCAACUCUGGCGACAACAUGUACACUAUGAUCAACACAGUCCCUCCAGGUGGAAGCCGGCCAAAUUUCCCUAUGGGUGCAGGUGGUGACGGUCCAUUAGGGGGAAUGGCUGGAAUGGAGCCCCAUCACAUGAAUGGAUCGUUAGGUACAGGAACAAGUAGCUUGUACAGGUCAGGUGAUAUGGACAGUCUCCCCAAGAACUCUCCUGGUAACCUAAGUAUGAGUAACCAGCCCGGGACCCCCAGGGAGGAUGGAGAGAUGGGUGGAAACUUCCUUAACCCUUUUCAGAAUGAAAGUUAUUCACCAAACAUGACAAUGAGCGUGUGAGGGCUCUGGGAGCAGGUUUGGUUCAGUCGCCCAGUAACCUGGUGUGGAUCAGUGAAAAGCAGAGAGACCGGAUGUGAUGUCAUCUGGGCCAGUGACUCUUCCUCCACCACCACCUGCCUAGCCAGGACAGUUGCCCCAGGCUCGGUCCUCCUACUACCCCCUACCCCCCACCCCUCCAUUGUUUCUGUCCACGUCUCUUCUCUCCUGUUUCUUCUCCCGUUCUAAGUGAUGACUCUGCUACAUUCAUCAGUUCUUCCUCUGCAACUAUGAGACUGUACAAAGGAACCAAAUUGAAACAACCCGGAGGAGAACUCUUUGUAUAUUUGCAUAUAGUGUGUAUGAGACUGUGCACACACUCCAGUCACAGAGAGACGUGUCUGCCUUUUGCAUCAUAUUACAGAGUUUAUGCCCAAAAACCAAUGGUCAGUAUCCUUUUCAUGUUAAAGUUAAAAUUUUCAAGAAUCUAAAGAGAUAUAGAUACUUUUUGAUUGAUGGUUAAGUCUAAUCUAACUGGUUGUCAUGUGGAACAUCAUUUGUUUUCAAAAAUACAUUUGUCCAUUACUGAAGAUAAUUGACAUCAUAAUCAUAUUACCCCGAUGUUUAUUUGAGGCUUGUGCAGAUAUUUGGCUUUCUGUUAUUUGUUCUAUACUUUUGGUAUUUUUUUGAAUUUCCAUUCCCAAAUCCAGCCACAAAUGUGGAAUAAGAUCUCUUCAAAGUCAGCUCUUUAAUCAUGAUUUGCAGAAAGGCUUCAGCACAACCUGAACUAUUUGUCUGCGUUUGAAUUUGAAGUCACAUAGCAUGGUUUUUUUGGGGAAAAAGAGCUUUGUUCAAGGCUUCAAACGAGACCACGUACAUUUUGAACUGUGCUACUAGUCAUACCAGACCAAGUAAGGCUGUACAAACAAAAUCCCUGAGUGUACUGCGUUAAGCGAUGGUGAGUUUUACUUAUUUCAAAAGUUAUAGUCUCGCUUUAAAUCAUAUCUGAUAUGCUGACUGCUGAGAGCAGUAAGAAUACCACUUGGGAAGAAGGUUUGCAGUAAAGUUGAUUCCCAA